AACAUCUCUGAGGGACGUCACACGCCAGAGAAUUGUGGGAAGAUAUGGCGUCUCGGGUGGCAACGUGUUGACAGCUCUUGGAGGUAAUUCUUUAAAUUGUUGCGAUUCCUGUUGUAAUUUCGGAAACGCCGUAAUGGAAGGAAAUGUGGAGCCUCACAAACGUUUCAUUUGCUCGUUUGCCGGCUGCGCGGCGGCCUACAACAAGCAGUGGAAGCUUGACGCACACUUAUGUAAGCACACAGGCGUCAAGCCGCACAAAUGUCCUCACGACGGCUGCGACAAGGACUUCUGCAGCCCCUACCACCUAGCCCGCCACCAGCUCAGCCACAGCGGCCUGCACCCCUUCCCUUGCACGGUGGAGGGCUGCGCGCAGGCUUUCACCACCAACUCCAACCGUGCCCGGCACGUCACCCGCGUCCACUCCGGGGAGGCCAAGCGAUACAUGUGCAAAGUGGACGGCUGCAACCUGGAGUUCAAGAAGAACAAGCAGCUCAAGUCGCACAUGAGCGAGCAGCACACUCACACACCCGCCUACCAGUGCACGCAUGAUGGCUGCACCAUGCGCUUCACCUUCCCCAGCAGGCUCAAGCGCCACAUGAAGGUGCACAGAGGCUACCCCUGCACCCAGGAGAGCUGCAUCUUCACGGGGAGUACCUGGACGGAGUACCUGAAGCACAGGAGGGAGCAACACAGGCCGGCGCUUAGCUGCGAGCAGUGCAGCAAGGUGUUUAAGGACUCCUGGUUCCUGGAGCAGCACCAGAGGGUCCACUCGGACACCCGGCUGGUUUACAGGUGUCCCCGAGAGGCCUGCGAGCGCUCUUUCACUACCAUCUUUAACCUGCAGAGCCACAUCCAGGCCUUCCACGAGGAGCUGCAACCCUUCACCUGUGGCCACCCCGGCUGCGGCAAGACCUUCGCCAUGAAGCAGAGCCUCCGGCGGCACGGUGUGGUCCACGACCCAGAUAGGAAGAAGAUGCCUCGGCCUAAAAGGUCUCUGGCCUCCAGGCUGAGCGGCUGCAGUGACAAGAUGGUUGUCUUGUGCGAGAAGAGUCCAGUGAAGCAGGAUGCUUCUGGUCCUGUUGAGCUGGUCUCUCUGCUGCAGGACACAUCCCUGAUGGGUCGUCCCACAGUGGACAGUCAAGAACUCACAGUGGCUCUGACCUCACCCCUCACACUGUAGAGGACACUUUCAAAUGGACAGUUCUAAUGAAAAUACAGCUUGUGUGUCAAGUAACUUUUUUUUUUUGUUUUGUUUUUUUUACAUUUAGUGCAUACAUGUCUGUGGACUUAAUCAUGUUAUAAACAUCCUCUAAGGGAAAAAUAAA